AAUCGUGGCAUGUAUGAACGAAUCCUGAUUCACUGCAAAUGUGUAUUGUCAAAUUAACCAUGCUAAAAUAUAUAUUUGUGAUUGUAGAAAUUAACUGAAAGUAAUAGAACAUGGUGUCGAUAAUUAAAAAGCAAUUGUUGAAACAUUUGUCAAGGUUUACGAAGAAUUUAUCGGCUGAUAAAAUAAAUCUGAGUACAUUUAAAGGAGAAGGUGAACUAACUAAUUUAGAACUUGAUGAAAUAGUUUUAACAGAUUUAUUAGAGUUGCCAUCAUGGCUUAGGUUAACAAGUGCUUGGUGCAAUAAGGUAUCAUUUCGUAUACAAUGGACCAAGCUAAGAAGUGUUCCUAUUUUUUUGAGUUUGGAUGAAGUUCAUAUAGAAGUAGAAACAUGUGAAGAUUUGAGGGACUUAUCCUCUUCCCAAGGACUAUCUUCAUACACAGGUCCUGCAAAAUAUUCUUUUAUACAUAAAGUAAUUGAUGGUAUAACAGUGGCUGUUAAUACCGUAUCAGUUACAUUUAAAAGUCCUGCAUUUAUCGCUUCAGUUCAGAUGAAUCGGAUUAUUGUCGAGUCAAAAUCUGCAACAUGGCAACGUUGUGAUCUUAGAACGACUAGAGUUAAAGAUCCUGAUCGUGGACAGUUACUUAUUUUUAAAGAGCUAGAAUGGCAAACAGUUAGAAUAGAAGCACAAAGUACUAAGGAUAAGAAUCUUACACCAUUACGUUUACUUACAAAUCAAGCAAGAUGUCGGAUUACUAUUAAAAAAAGAAUAUCAGAUUGUUUUGUUAUGGGAUCAAGACUGAUUCUUAUAUUAGAUGACCUUUUAUGGGUUUUAACAGAUUCACAAUUGAAGGCAGCUCUCCAUUUUAUUGAUUCCUUGGGAGGCUUGAUAGAAAAAGCUACAAUUUUAGAACGUAAAACUAAAGCAGCUAGAAAGUUAGAGGUAUUGCCAGAAUAUCAAGCACAAAUAUCUCAGCAGUCAAGAACUAAAAAUCAAUAUAAUACUGCUAUUUCGAAAAUAUUUACUAGAUAUGAUGUGGUAGAAACAUCAUAUCACUUUCUUUGUCAAAGAAUUGAUUUACAUUUAUGUGAUGAUGCUGGCAAUGGCAGAUCUUCCCAUGCUGAUUUAAAAGAUGGUGGUGCGCUACAAAUUUCACUAAUUAGAUUUCAAAUCGAUUAUUAUCCAUAUCAUUUAGCAAUGGCUGACAGGAAACAUUGGGCCAAAUACAAAGAGAAUGCUACACCUCACAGCCAAUGGUUACAACAGUCACUAACUUCGUUUCGGAGUCAGUUUAUGGAUCUUAUUGAUUCUGGUAGAACACAGCAUUCUCCUUUAUCUAGAAGUCAAGGAAAUGUUACAGUUAACAAUACAAAGGGUUCAGGAGAAAACUUAGAAAAAGGCAAUCAAAUUCAAAAUACAAAUGCAAGCUCGAACGAACAAAAAAAAUCGCAACAUCCCAGCGGCAAUCCUGUCAAAAAUUAUAUUUUGGAACAGCUUGCCAAAUUAAUGACAACGUGUAUUAUAAUUAGAAUUGACGACUUUACCUUGUACAAAGUAACUACCACAUCUCGUAAUCCUGUACCAAAAGAAUUUGUUACAGGUGACAGAGACAAGUUUUGUCUUCCAGAAGAUGUAACAAUUCUUCAUGCUGAAUUUACGUAUUAUUAUUAUCCUGGAGAUAUCACGUUUCCAUUGCCGCCACCUAAGUUUUAUGUACAGCUGAAUCCUAUUCAAGUAAAUUUUGACGUUUGUUCGUGCUUAUGGUUCAAUUCUUUUGCAUUAAACUUAUACCAUUCUUUAAUAAGUAAAGAUAAACAAGCAACACAUACUUCCACUAAUUUAAUGUACUUUGAUGUGAAAAUUGAAGCUAUACUUCCAAGAGUAGUUUUUGAAAGUCAUCAGGAUUAUCCUAAUCAGAAGGAUAGGCCAAAGUCUUUGCAUAUCCAGACUUCAAGAGCAUCAAUAACAAAUGUUCGAUCAACGGAAAGAUCUUCAAGAGCGGAUCUAGCACAGUGUUUAAAUGCUUUCCAAAUGGGUCAGAUGUUUUUUGGUACAGAAUUUCCAAACAAGUCAGAUGAUUUUCACGUCGUAACAGAUAAAUUUUUAGCACAUUGUGCAGGUACGGAUAAUAUUCGAUACCCACCACCUAAUUUUAGUAGUAAUUCUGUAACUGAAUUAACUCGUCAAUUGCAUCGAGAGCUUCUAUGGACGGAAGCUAAAGAUGUAUGGUGUUGCAAUUUAGAGCCUGUUUGGGGAGAUUUUCUUGGUGCUCGUGCGGUUGGACAGAAUCGUCCAGUACCGUUUCUCGAUGCAUUUCCUUUAACUUUGUGGUGCUAUAUGUCAAUGGAUCCAUCAGAUUUGUUAACAAAAAAAUCUUCAACUGCUGAUAUUCAUGGUCUUGUAUACAUAAGCAAUUUAGUUAGCGUGCAGAUCAAUCAUUACCAAUAUCUGUUUUUAUUAAGACUGUCGGAAGUUUUAUCAGAGAUGGCAACGUAUUUAACCAUAGAUUCGAAUAAAAUAUUAAAAGUUGAUGCUGGAGGUUCACUCGUUAUUGGCGCACUGAUACCCCAAGUAGAAGUAACUUUUGUCAUGCCAUCGCAUACUCCUGGAAAAGAAAAUUCUGGAGGAGAUUUAGAGUCAGUUAUGCCAGAUUCAUCUAGUAUAGCCGAUGACAUUGCAACUUCAUCUGCUCCAUGGCAGAAUAAUACAGAUCGAGUUGAUUUUAAUAGAAAAAAGAUUAAUAUAAGUACUGAAGUAGCGACACCGCAAAGUGAAGUAUCAUCAAUGUUGUCCAUGGAUUUUAUGCAUCCUGUUAAUACGUCUCAAACUGUUGUAACAUUUAAACAGAAUGGAACAAAUAAACACGAUCAACAAAUAUUAACAAACACAACGCAUGAUAAGCAAUGUGUUGGAAUAGAAGAAGAAAAAGCAUUACCUACUUUGCGAUAUGCGGCUGAUACUACACAUAAACAUAGUAAAGGAGACUCUUCAGCAAAUGCACCGUUCAUCCCUAAUAAUUUCAAUGUUGGACUGUCUUCUAUGAAAAAAGGAUUAAGUAACUUAAUGAAUUCUAUUGAUUCAGCUUUAAAAGCUUCCCCAGAAGAUGGUAGUAGUGAUACUGUAUCAAUACGAAGCGAUGUUAGUUCUGAUAGUGAGAAUUAUGUCUUAAUUAGUCUUCAAGAUCAAGAAAAAUUGGAUGCGAUGUUUUCUGUUGAUAAUACACUUAGAGUAACAGCAGUAGAAGAAGCUAGUGAAGUAGUUGAAGAAACUCCUGAUACUCAAAGUGAGAAAUCUAUGGAUAGUGUAUGUAAACGAAAGGAUAUUGUAUCUAUGGCAACAUUCAAAUUAUCUAAAGUUGAAUUUGUUCAGCAAUCUUAUGGAUACACAACUUCCAUUAAAGUUCAAGUUUCAAAUAUUGGUAACGAUGAAUGUUCAUCUAUUCCAUGGGAUGAGUUUCAGGUCAAAAGGAAGACAAAAUUCAGUGCACGAUCUAGAGGUUGGGUUGAAUUGUCCUCAGAUUCUAACUGUAGAUCAUGCAUUAAAAUACGUUUGGAUCAUGAUUUAAAAAGAAAAUCGGAUGCUUGGAAGCUGUCUCAAGCGAGUCAAAAUGUGAAUAAUAAAAAUACACGCUCAUCUCAAAAUCAAAAUAAUAUUGCUGAACAAGAAGUAGAAACUUGCAGUAUUGAUGUGCAUAAUAAAGAAAGUGUUUUGGAUUUAUUUGAAGAUAAGUUGGAAGUUAAUGUUACUGACAUAACAUUGGCCUUGUCAAUGAGUUCAAUAACUGGACUUACAGAUCUAAUUGAAGAUGAAAUUAUACCUAAACCAAUACCAUUACAGAUAUAUUUAGAGAGUAUAUCAUUGCGUUUAAAUGAAGAUCGUCCUCCUAACAAUAUAACUUCACCAGGACCAAUCCCUAUCGAUUUGAAUAUUUCAAAACUCAGGAUAAUACGAGAUGCAGAUGGUGUUUUUCAUAUCGAACCAGUUGUCAACAUACUGAACAGAAGUAAUUCUCUCAUGACACUGUCAGAGAUUGAUACUCAAACAAUCCAAAGCAUAGAUUAUGAAAAGGAACUCCACAUUUUGAGACAAUCCAGUAAACAGUUAAGAGCAGACAAUGAAGGCCUUCGACGUCGUCUUGAUACUCUCGAAAAAAUAUCAGAAGAAAAUGCAAAAUUAAUGCGUAUAAAAGAAGAAUCUGACACAACAAAAUUACAUUUAAGUGCUGCGCAGGAAGAUAUACAAAUACUUUUAAGGGAAAAGAAAGCCCUGCAGGAAACAGUUACAGAACUUCAAAAUCAAAUGUUUGCAAGUGGUGCAGCCAGUGGUACCCGUGCAUCUUGGUCAUCAAAAAGAUAGCAUACUAGUUGUUUUGAUUGUUCUAAAUGUUGUAGUUCGUAUAAGUCAUAAUAAUAAUUUUUAUAAUUUCACGGUAAUUUUGAUUUUAUCGUCAGUGAAAAUAUACAUUGAAAUAAUUAAAUUGAUGCAUAUUGACGUUUAUAUUAUUUGAAUUUAAUCUGAAAUUUUUGUUGACAAAAGUUUAGUAUUUAGGACAAUAUCAAUUAGAGAUGUGAUGUAUCAAUGAAGAACUUGUUAUUCAGAAAUCUAUUAGGUUUGGGUUUAUAUGAGGUGAAACAUCUGUAAGUUGAAUGAUAAAAUGACGAGGGACAAGGAAACAUAUUUAGGUUGGUUAGGUUAAGUUAGAUUUGGUUUCAACAGCUUUGACCUCCAAUAAUGGAUUUUCUUAGUGAUACAUUUUCUAUUGAUAUACCACACCCGCUACUGGGUAUGUGCUAGAUACUAAAUUACAAUUUUUUUUGUUGAUAUUCAUUUUAUGCAAAAUUUUAAGUUUGAUUUUGCUUUGUAGACCAUUUUGUGUAUUAUAAUUAUGUUAAUUUUUACUAUUUAGUUCUGUUUCUGCAAGAUACAAAUAUAUGAGAUAUACUGCAUCUUAAUAUGAGCAAGUACAAGGCGAUAAAUAGUGGCAAUAGUAGACAAUGUUUAGUAUCUUCAUUAAUAAAUCAGGAUAAAAUUGGCAAAAUGGAAAUUUUUAGUACAUAUAUGUGUAUUUGCGGUAAUGUGUAUGUUUAAAAAUGAUGUAUAUACAAGUACGUUACAAAUGCAUAUAUAUGCAUAUUUGUUGCAUAUAUAAAUCAAUACGUACAUAAUAUAAUUAAUAGUAUGCUAGUCAAAAUAUUGCAAUAUAUGUUUGGUUUUAUAGCAGUGAUUGUUAUCUAGUAUACAUGGACAAGAAAUUGGAUAUAAAUUUUUUACAAGUGUUUUCGUUUUACAUGUCGUAAAUGUUAUGACGAUUUUCAUAAACAACUUCUAAUCUAAUGGAAAAGUAUACAUUGUAAUAAAUGUGAGAUAUUAACGAAUAUGGAAUGAUGGUUUGUUGAAGCCUACAUGUAGAUUGUCUAGCUUAAAACUAAUUGAAGUAGCAUUAAUAGUAUUUAUAAAUAUUUCAAUAUUAUAUUUCAUGAUUUUAUAAACUAUGAAGAUAGUAAACAUUACUUUAAUGUGAUACAUGGUGAUAAUAUGGAAUGUUUCGAUAAGACUGUAAAAUCAACAUUAUAUUAUUUCCUGUAUUGCCAUAAAAUAUAUUGAUGGACAUUUACAAUCUUAUCUUAUGACUGGAUACUAUUGAAUUACAUUAAAACAAAGUUAUAAUAUAAUGAUGUACUACAUUUAAUGAACAAAUGAUUUCAUUGUAACGCAACAUUGUGAUAUCUUGAUGUUUCGCCAUUAGUUUAUCAUUGUAAAUUUAGUUUUAAAUAUGGGUUGCUGGCCAAUCAUCUUGUUACAAAACUGUGAGGUAUUUUUAUAGCACGUAUUGAAAGAAAAGGAAAUUAGGUUUCUUUAAUGAUGCAAAAUUCUUUUUGUAGAUCAGCUUUUUCUACUAAAAAUUGACACCAUUUGUUUGAAAAGAAAUAAUAGGUGGCAUUAGAAAAGACUUACUUUUUAUCUGUUAUAUAGAGCAAAUUAUCUUGAUCAUUUUCUUUGAGAUCAUUCUUUAAAAUUUAAGGAAUUUACUUAUGACAAAAUUACAUUUAUGUUUAAAUA